AUGGUCGUAGCGCUGGCGCUCAAGCUGUUGACCGAGCUGCUCCAGUGCUCCGCUCUCAUGCCGCUCUGUGACGCUGGCAACACGCCCCGCCGGACCGCUCAGGGGCCCGAGCCAACUCAGCAGACCACCCUGAUCGGGCUGCUCAAGACGGCGCGUCUUCUGCGUCUGGUGCGAGUGGCACGUAAACUGGACCGUUACUCUGAGUACGGCGCGGCCGUCCUCUUUCUGCUGAUGUGCACGUUCGCUCUGAUCGCUCAUUGGCUGGCCUGUAUCUGGUUCGCCAUCGGGAACGUGGAGCAGAACCGCUCCAUCGGCUGGCUGCAUGCGCUCGGCGUGGAUCUGGGGAAACCACACAACAGCAGCAUCAGGGGAUCGGGACCCAGCAUCAAGGACAAAUACGUGACUGCUUUAUACUUCACCUUCAGCAGCCUGACCAGCGUGGGCUUCGGGAACGUGUCGCCCAACACCAACUCCGAGAAGAUCUUCUCCAUCUGCGUCAUGCUGAUUGGAUCGCUCAUGUACGCCAGUAUCUUCGGGAACGUGUCAGCCAUCAUCCAGCGGCUGUACUCCGGAACGGCUCGUUAUCACACUCAGAUGCUGCGGGUGAGAGAGUUCAUCCGCUUCCAUCAGAUUCCCAACCCGCUGCGCCAGAGACUGGAGGAAUAUUUCCAGCACGCCUGGUCCUACACCAACGGCAUCGACAUGAACGCCGUGCUGAAGGGUUUCCCAGAGUGUCUGCAGGCUGAUAUCUGUCUGCAUCUGAACCGGACUCUCCUGCAGAACUGUAAAGCGUUCAAGGGCUCCAGUAAAGGGUGUCUGCGAGCGCUGGCCAUGAAGUUCAAGACCACACACGCCCCGCCGGGAGACACGCUGGUGCACGCCGGAGACGUCCUGACCGCGAUCUACUUCAUCUCCCGCGGCUCCAUCGAGAUCUUACGUGGCGAUGUUGUGGUGGCCAUCUUGGCUUUUCCCAAAGUUCUGCCUGUGAGACAGAGCUUUAUACCUAAAGACAAAUGGCUAGAAACAAUAGAUACUGUCAGGACCUCCCGCUGGAGAUCCUGCAAUCUACAAGAAGCUCCAGAGGAGUACUGUUCUUUUGUUAUUCUAAAUACAAACAUGAUUCCCGGAUCUCCCAGCAGCGAUGAUUCAGACUGCGUCGGCUUCAACAAACUGCGGAGGAGAAAACUUUCAUUCCGACGACGGACAGAAAAAGAUGAUGCCGAUGCUGGAGAGAUCAAGAAGAAUCAGAAACCUGUCCGGAGAGGCAGAAAACAAGCAGCCAGUAACAAGAACGAACUCAAACCGGGGUGGGAGGAGCCUCGCAAUUCUAUCUCCUCCCACUCCAGUGGUGAUGAGGGGGAGGAGCCUGUGCACACAUGCCCCACCCCUCCCACCACGCUCAUGGAUGUGACUGAGGGAGAGGGCGAUCCCAAAACAGGAAACACGUGCAACGCCCUAUCAGGUGCAUUCUCAGGUGUGUCUAAUAUCUUCAGUUUUUGGGGUGACAGUCGGGGGAGGCAGUAUCAGGAGGUGCCCCGCUGCAAUCUCCCGUCGCCCUCGCCGCAUCCCAGCAUGCCCCUGCGCAGCAUCAGCCGCCAGCAGCGCAGCCAGAUGGAGAGCAGACUGGAGCUGCUGCAGAAACAGCUCAACAGACUGGAGAGUCGCAUGUCGACGGAUAUCGGCGCGAUCAUGCAGCUCCUGCAGAGGCAGAUGAUGCUGGUUCCUCCGUCCUACAGCAGCGUCUCCUCCCCGCCGCAGGUGUCCAUGUCCCCCGAGAUCCUCGUGCAGCCCGUCACGCCGCUGGACUCCAAAACACCGGCUUCUCUCUCACAGUCCUGUGAGUUUCUCAGCAGCUCCGCGGAGCUCCAUCCAGCGGUCAGCGCCGCUACUCGACCCGGAUUCUCCAGCCUCGGGGCCCGACUGGAGCUGGAGCCCGACCCCGACAUCCACCGACGCUUCUCCCUGCAGGAGCCACACACGUCACUGAGCUCACAAACGCCACAGAAACACGGCUCAGACCCCAGGAGCUAGAGAGACCACAACAAACCAGACCAAAACCUGGCUCUGGUUUUGCACUGUGGCGGUUCAGAGGUUCACUGGAGGCGGUUUUACUUGUCUUUACUGCUGUCGUCCAGUAUUGGAUAUCCCUAAACAAAUAAUGAUGAUUCUUACUAAUUUCAAGUAGCCAUUAUGUCUUGCACUGAAUUUUCCAGACUCUCUCGAUCUUUCUCUUCAAGUCUGCGGCGCUUCCAAAACUGACUGAACUCGUUAGUGUUAGCUGGCCUAACAGAAGAAAACCCUUCUAAUAAUAAUAACCUGUGUGUCUGUCCUGUCAUUGCCUUCAUUUCCUGUGCGUCGAUGAAGGAGGCGGAGCCUCAGGCCCCGCCCAAGCACACUGGAUUGGCUGGAUGAGGUGAUUGGCGGGUUUUUACAGCUAUGAUGAAGCAUAUCAUGUGUUGUGACACUGGAUGAACAAUAUGCAAAGAGUUGAUCGCGCGUCACGUCCCGCUUGGCUUCCGUUCGUUUGUUUUUCAGCUUUUCUUUCAACUCGAUGUGAUUUUUGUAGUUAGAACACAUUAGCUUUAGCAAUACCGAAUCCUUUAAACCACAAAUGAAACCAAAUAUUGAAGAUUGGGUUGGACCAAAUGUUUUUCGUUGGUCUGUGGUGUUUACGGUCUGCAGCCACAGUCACGUGAUUAUUAAUUAUUAUUUGGUACAUUUAUGAGCUCUUGAACUUGAAAAUGAAUUGGUUUUGGUUUUCCAUUGACGUGUGGACCAAUGAAAAAAAUCAACUUUAUAUAAGCUCUUAAGCAU